UGGCGGCCUCCUAACCCUUCAAAUUUGACUCAAGAAAAAAGCUCAUAUAUUUCUCUUGAAUAUUUCAAUAAGAGCACCCUAAACGCCAAAUGACCCAUGAGAUAAUCUUUUCAAUAGAAAAUAAAAAAGUCGUAGUCUUCUGGAUCACUAUAGGAACUUUCGUAUAUAGAAGACGGACGCCAUGAGAAUUGUUCUUCAGAGCUCUCUUUUUCGCAUCAUAAGUAUAAUAUUUGAUAGCUCUCUCUAGUGUUCUCUACGUUACUUAGUUAUCUGAAAACAACAUUAAUGGGCAGAAUCUCCAAGGCCAUGCAAGAGUCCCGGCUCCAUAGCCAAGCAACCAAGCUCAGAAUCUUAUCAGUCGUUUCAAUUGCCGUAGGAUUACUCUUCAUCGUUUUCUCAGAUGGUUUGAUGUUCACUACUUCUUUUAAUAAAGAUAGAGAUGUCAGUACUUCUUCUCAGGUUCUAAUAAUCAAGGCUGCUAUUUUCAAACGCAGUACUCCUCAUCUGUAUUCCGUACAAGACGAUCAAACCGACGAAAAAGAUAGAAAAACGAUGAUUGUUAAUCCCUUUGUUCCACCCUUCAACGCCACACAGGGAGAAAGAAUAGCUUGGUUUCAGAAAAAGUUGCCGGAGCUCAAGAUUUUCAAGUCGGAUAAAGUGUCCCGGAAAUUCCACAGCCGGGUUCUGCAGUUCUUCGACCCGGGUUGCGAAGUUCGGGUCUUCAUGACGUGGAUUUCUCCGGCGACGUCGUUUGGCAGCCGGGAAUUCUUGGCUGUUGAGAGUCUCUUUAAAACUCAUCCGAAAGGGUGUUUGAUGAUUCUGUCGAGAACUCUCGACUCCGUCAGAGGUUACAGAGUCCUUAAACCUCUCAUCGAUAGUCGUUUCAAGGUUCAAGCGGUGACACCUGACUUGUCGUUUUUGUUAAACGACACUCCGGCGGAGGCUUGGUUGAACGACAUUAAAAAAGGGAAUAAGGAUCCCGGCGAGAUCCCUUUGGCUCAGAACUUGUCUAAUCUUAUGAGACUCGCAGUUUUGUACAAAUACGGCGGCGUUUACUUAGACACGGAUUUCGUCGUUUUGAAGCCUUUAACUGGGUUGAGAAACUCGAUUGGAGCACAAAGUAUCGAUGUGGGAUCAAAAAACUGGACGAGAUUGAACAACGCCGUUUUGAUCUUUGAUAUGAACCAUCCACUUCUGUUGAAGUUCUUGGAGGAAUUCGCUUCGACUUUUGAUGGGAACAAGUGGGGGUUUAAUGGGCCUUACUUGGUCUCUAGAGUGGUCCGUAGAAUAGAGACAGAAACUCCUGGACUCAACUUUACAGUCCUACCUCCUAUGGCCUUUUAUCCAGUGGACUGGACUAAGAUUGGUGGGCUGUUUCAGAAGCCCGUAACUGAGGCCCAAUUUAAAUGGGUGACAGCCAAGCUGCGCCAGCUCAGUGGAGAGACUUAUGGGCUUCACCUAUGGAAUAAGCAAAGUAGCAAAUUGUUGAUUGAAGAAGGUAGCAUUAUUGGGAAAUUAAUCUCAGACCACUGCAUCUUUUGUAUAAAUGUUUAUAGUUCUAAAAAGAAACUUUUACGGUGAUAAAAACUCGUAAAAUCUCAGCCUCAGCCUCUUCAUCAUGUAUAUGGACAAAUACACAAAUUUUGCGAAUGUAUGUAGUCUCACUUGUUAAUAGUUUCUUUAAGCUUCAAAUGCGUUGUAAGUUCAUAUAUUUCCCAUACAUGAUUGUAAAUAGAAUUUUGCUGUUCUUUUAUAAAGUGUUAAAGAGAUAUGACAGUUUUAUAUAUCUCUCUUCUUGUGAA